CACCACUAGGCAAAGCGCGACCGGCAAAUUGUCCGAGGCUAUCGUAUUUUUGUUUUCAUAGCAUCCCCCAAACAAAUAAGAAUCCAACAAGAUGCAGGAGUUCUUUAGCGUGCUACUGCCCGAUGUGAAGCGGGAGCUGCGCCGCGGAAUCAUCGAGUGCUCCAAAAGGGGUCUGCUUCACAGCACCAAGUGGCUGGCGGAGAUGCACCACGGCUUAAGUGACGUCCAGAUCGACAAUGAAGCUCCGGAUGAAGACCACACCUUCAGCGAAUGCCAGCUUGAGGGGAUUACGCCGAAGGAGUACAGCGACUAUUUCCUGGCCAAAAGCUAUUACGAUGUAAGGGAGUACGACAGGGCGGCCCAUGCGGUCAGGAACUGCGAGUCCAGUGUGCCGCGUUUUCUGCAUUUCUACUCCACUUACAUGGCGCGGGAAAAGCGCCGGUUGGACUCAACCACAGACCAGGCGAAUCUCCACGAGCCCAAUCAGAUGCGUGAUCUCGCCGAUUUGCUGGCCACUUUGCGCACGGAGUACGGAAAGAGUCGGCUGGAUGGUUAUGGCAUCUAUUUGUAUGGUGUCGUUCUGAAAGCCCUGAAUCUCAACCAGGCUGCCGAGCAAAUGCUCAUUCAGGCUAUCAGAUUAGUUCCCAUGCUGUGGAGCGCAUAUCUGGAAUUAUCUCCACUCAUAAUGGAGAAGAAAAAACUGCUCAGCCUGCAGCUUGGCGGUCACUGGAUGCGACACUUCUUCAUGGCGCACACCUAUUUAGAGUUGUACCUAAACGAUGAUGGGCUCAAGAUCUACGAGAAUCUACAGACGUCGGGAUUCAGCAAAAGCAUAUACUUGAUUGCACAGAUGGCUUUAGUUUAUCACAACAAGCGGGAUGUGGACAAGGCGAUUGAAUUGUACCAGGCGCUCCUAGAGAGCGAUCCCUAUCGCUUGGACAAUGUUGACACCUACUCCAACCUGCUGUUUGUCAAGGAAAUGAAAACAGAGAUGGCCCAGUUGGCCCACAAGGCUGUUAGCAUAAAUAAGUAUCGUCCAGAGACGUGUUGUGUGAUAGGCAACUACUACAGCAUUCGCUGUGAUCACCAGGUGGCCAUUUCCUACUUCCAGCGUGCCCUGAAACUGAAUCCCAAGUACCUGGCCGCCUGGACCCUCAUGGGUCACGAGUUUAUGGAGUUAAAGAACACUAAUGCAGCCAUUCAAAGCUACCGAAAGGCAGUGGAGGUCAAUAAGAGGGACUACCGCGCGUGGUACGGUUUGGGCCAGGCCUACGAGAUCAUCAAGAUGCACUACUACAGCUUAUACUACUUUAAAAUCGCUCACCAACUCCGUCCCUACGACUCCCGAAUGCUGGUCGCCUUGGGAGAGACCUACGAAAAGCUGGACAAGUGCGAAAACGCUGUGAAGUGUUACUGGAAGGCCAUCGAUGUGGGAGAUAUAGAGGGAAUAGCUAUGUACAAACUGGCCAACCUGCACGAGAAGCUCGGCGAUCACGAAACGGCGGUGCAUUGCUAUAUAAUGUACUGCGAGGACGAACGAGCGGCCACCGAUAAACAGAGUCUUUACCAGGGUUUUAUAACGCUGGCUAAUUACUACGAAAAGAAAGGCGAUUACGAACGUGCCGCCCACUACGCUUACAAGUGUCUGGACUCAGAUGAUCGCAAAACGGAGGCCAAGGCUUUGCUGAAGACAAUCGACUGGAAACGCAAUGCCGAGUGUCAAAAGAAACCAAAAACUUCAUCGACAGUGGCGAAUGCAGAGACCAGUUCCGAGGAUGAGAUGGAAUGGGAGCUGCCGGAUGUGCGUGUGCGAGUGCCCUUCACCUCCAUAGCAACCACGACAACCUCCUCGACUGCAGCUGUGUCCGCGGGAUCGAGUAGCUCCGCCAUUAGCUUACGUCCUGGACGAAACUUGGCCGAGGGAACGCGUCGAUCGCAGGCGAACCGGACGACCUCAAAUCCGGCCACUAGCAGUACCUCAACCACAUCGGCAACUGCACUCACAACGGCCACUGAGGAGACGCCGGGAACAUCGGGCGAUGCGGCGAAUCCCACCGAGCAGCCGCCCUCGGAUGAUGCCAGCUCCAUGGAAAUAUCCAGUGUUUCCAUCGAUUAGUUCCAUGCGCUCCAAUUGUAUAAAUUUCUAUUUGUUUUUAUGAAUUAUAUUGGAAUUUUAAGUAUUUAAUACUUGUCGAUCAGAAUUAAAGGUCAGGCAGGAUCUUCCAGUUGAAGGUUCCGCAAGCUACGUAGCAGAAAAUCUCACCAGUAAAUUAAUAGGUCCAUCUGUAAAUUUAAAAAUUCUCUGCAUA